AUGGCAUCUUCUAUGGAGGAAUUGGCAGAAACAUCUCUGAGCAGGCAUUUGCUUGAGAACACAGAACAAGAAGAACUUUCCAUGGCCCUUCUCUUGAACCUCACAGACCCUGUGAGGUACAACAAACACAUUCCACCACCAAAUGAAUCUGGAGGAUAUGAUUUACCAUUGGUAGUCAAACACAGUGCUUAUGUGUACUAUGUUUCCAGUUUGUCUCCAAGCUCAACGUGGCAAGAAGUGGCAGACAAGGCACUCAAACACAACGUGGUGAUCCUUGAUGGGGAAGCCUGGCUUGCUGAAAAAAUUUGGACCCCGCAUAUUGUUUUCAUCAAUGAACACGAUUCGUCUGUUUUUCAAUUUUCCAAAGAAAAUGUUUAUGUGGCAGUUGAUGCAGAUGGAAAUGUCUUCUUCAACUCCAGGUUGCGAGUGGAGUUUUAUUGCGAACUCGACUUGACCUUGUUCCCGUUUGACGAUCAAAUCUGCCGACUGAAAAUGGAAAGUUGGACACUGACAGAGAAACACAUGGUAUUGAAAUGGAUAACCCCAACAACAACUCUCAAUUCUGUGGAAGUUGCUGAUGAGUUUUCCAUGUCAGAGUAUCAUCUGCACAAAAUCGAAGUCAAGGAACAGAUAUACGAUUAUCCUCAUCACAUAAUUGAUUGGAAUGGACCUAGAACAAGUAAUAACCCGAAUGUCCGGGUUCAGUCAACUGCUGCAAAGGGAAACGUGAAAGCACUUGUUGGAGUGGAAAAGGGGAAAGUUUAUUUCAAAGAUGGAAAUUUCAGUGGUCUGGAAGUGGAACUUCAUUUUUCCAGGGUAUUUCAACAUUACAUUCUCGAUUUUUACAUUCCGUCGUUUUUCCUCGUCAUCACAUCUUUCGUGUCAUUUUUCAUGGACCCAGCCGCUGCUCCACCAAGAGUAACUCUGGGAACGAGUACCAUGCUGACCUUCAUCACUCUCGCAAGAGGCAUUGAAGCUUCUUUGCCGAAAGUAGCUUACAUUAAGUCGAUCGAAAUUUGGUUUUUCGGAUGUAUAACUUUCAUUUUCUUAUCACUGGUGGAGUUCACGUUGGUUCACAGCAUUCAGUCCUCUGAAUUGUCAGAAGACGGCAUGAGAAAAACGGAAUCCGUGCCUGAUUUCAAUGAAAGAACAACGACGUCCGUUGAAAAUUACCUUACGGUGUACGACAAUCCACUCAUUCAAGGCAUAAGUUUGUCAAAUCCUUCCACGUUGACGAAUCGAGCCACUUUUGAAAAGGUCCCGAGCGUUCAUUCAGUUUUUUCCGCGUCUUCAAGCAUUAAUUUCGAACAAAUGGACGAGAUGGAAUCGCGAAAUUUGUCAACUUUGGCAAGAAAUGAUGAUACGACAACUCAGGAUUUAGAGCGAACCCGGGAAGAACUUCGCAAGUUCACACGGAAGAAGAAUGGGUUCAUGUCUAGAAUUGUCAGCACGCUGUUUCGCUCAUCUGCGCCAAAAAUUGUUGUCCUGGAUGAAGAGGAUUCAGCAAAGGCGAGAAGGAACCAACCAAAACUCACUCCAAAAAAGGCCGCCCGAAUUAUUGACAGAUAUUGCAGACCAAACAUGGCGCCAACGAGCAGUUUGAAGGACUCGUUUCUGAAAUGGCGCGGAUUGUUCGUGGUGCUGGGCGGGUUUUUGAUCCACUUGUCUUUGGGCAGUGUCUACUCCUUUGGGAACUUGACAACAUACUUGACUUCGUACCUGAACAAGAGAACCGACCCGGGAUGGACCUACGAAAAGUCCACUUGGAUCUUCUCCGCCUCCAUGAUGGGACUCGGUGGGUUCAUGGUCCUUGGCGGCUACAUGAACCUUAAACUCGGCCCACGAAUCACCGCCAUUGUUGGCUGCUCUCUAGCAACCUCUUAUAAAAAGUGGCAUAUUCAGUGUGACCUAGAUCAGUGGUUUCCUGAUAAACGAGGUCUUGUUACCGGAAUCAUUGUCGGAGGAUUCGGACUGGGAUCUUUUGUGGCGACCCCCAUUCAAACCGCGAUUCUGAACCCGGAGAAUUUCUCAGUGGAUCCAGGAAGCAGGUUCUUCACUGAGGAUGCAGUCUUGGAUAGAGUUCCAUAUGUUUUUCUCAUCUUGGGCUGCAUGUACGCGUGUCUACAAUUCGUCGGCUGUCUUUGCUUAACGAAUCCCCCGGAGAAAAAGACGCCGGUUGUGAUCAACUAUCAGUCCGCUGAUGGAGAAGCUGGCGAAAGCCUGGAAAUGCUUGAGGCGAAACAAAAUCUUGAAGUCGAAGAGAAGAGAGAUGCAAGCAUGAGACCAAAACAGGUCCUUUGUGCCAGGGAAUUCUACAUGCUGUGGUUCACAUUCCUGUUCAACCAGGGUGUUGUUGGGUACAUCAACACCAUGUACAAGGCAUUUGGUCAGACUUUCAUCAGCAAUGACAGGUUUUUGUCCACUGUUGGAGCAGUGGCGUCCAUCUGCAACUCACUGGGUCGGAUUGUAUGGGGAGCAUUGGGAGACCGUUUCCACUAUAAGACCCUGAUGCUGAUUAUGACCGGUGUUUUGGGCGUUUUGGUUUUGACAUUCAAGUUGACAGAAUAUGGCGGAGAAAUUAUGUAUGCCAUCUGGGUGGUGGCAAGUCAAGCCCUGCAAUCGCUUAUCGCGGGCUUCCUGACUGCAAAGCUAGGGUCCAACGCCGUUCUCUAUGUCACAGCAUCGUUUCCAUUUCUCAGUUUCCUCAUCACGGCGUUCUACCACAAAGAACCAACCCCAGAGAAAACCCUGAUGCUGAUUAUGACCGGUGUUUUGGGCGUUUUGGUUUUGACAUUCAAGUUGACAGAAUAUGGCGGAGAAAUUAUGUAUGCCAUCUGGGUGGUGGCAAGUCAAGCCCUGCAAUCGCUUAUCGCGGGCUUCCUGACUGCAAAGCUAGGGUCCAACGCCGUUCUCUAUGUCACAGCAUCGUUUCCAUUUCUCAGUUUCCUCAUCACGGCGUUCUACCACAAAGAACCAACCCCAGAGAAAGUGAGAAGCCGGAUGGGAUUACCAGCAUAUGACGAGUGAUUCGUAUUUAUUUAUAUUUCAUUCUAUUUUCCGCUGGUGUUAGAAAAUUUUGAUUUCAAUUUUUGCUCCAUUAUUGCUGGUGGAGCUUGAGGAAUUUCAGGUGCUAGAUUUCCUGGUGUGCAUUCAGAAAAGAAUGGACGAUUGUUGUGUUCAUUUCAGGUGAAGCGAAGAACAAGAUUUGCUUUUUUUUGA